UCCGGGCUCUGUUUGCUCCACCGCGCCGCCUGCUCUGUCUCAGCUGCCUGCUGGCUCCAGACGCUGGUAGGGCUGAGACCAUAAGCCAAGCCAGGUCCCUGGGACAAGCGGAGGCCCCCACACCUGCAGGAUGCUGCCACCAAGGUACAAGCUUCCCUCCUCCCUGUGCUCUCCCUGGCUCCUCCCGCCUCCCUCCUGCCUCCUUCCUCCGGUGGAGCUGCAGGUGUCGGAGCUCUUUCUCUGCUUCCAUCCUGAGUCCCCCGCAAGCCUGACACAGCCCUGCUUCCUGUUGAAGGUUCCUGGAUGGGCAACCAAGCAUUCUUAUCUCCUUAAUGAACACACACGCACACACACACACACCUGCCCCCCCUCACACCCACAGGAGUGGGCAGUCAUCUUUACAAAGAACUGCUCCCUGCCUUGGAGGACAUCACAAGGCAGUCCUCAGAGUUGGGAUGUCCUGGGAAGCACUUCUUCAGCUUUCUUGUGGUGCACAUGGGGAAACUGAGGCCUAGGGAGGGGAGGGGACUUGCUCCAGCUUCACAGAGUACGUGUCACACAGGCAGGUGUGGGUCCAUCAGCUCUGGUCUCAGAGUGCACUGUCCUCCCAGCUGUUCAGUUCACCCCAAUUGAACAAAUGGAUUCAGCAGCUUUUAUGUGCCAGGCAUCGAGGCUUUUAGACCUUGUGCAUCACUCAUGCCCACACGACAUUAUUUGUGUGUAGAUGCCUCUGUGUGCAUAGACUUAUCUGGUGGGAGGGGGUGUCGUGGCUUCCCUGACAGAAGUCACUUUCCGUGGCCUCUGCAACUGCAGCAUCUUCUUGUCGCUGUUGAAUCUGGUUUGUGCCACUGACUGUAACACUUGCCUUUUCAUUUUCUUGAUGGGAUGGAGAGACACUGGGAGGAAUGGGAGACAGGCUGGAACAGAAGCUCAUCGCGGGACACCCAGGCUGGCAGGGACUUGGCCACAUCCUGGAUGCCUGGGGCUCUUCCCAAGAAAGCCUGAUGUGCGGCUUGUACUUUGCUGAAGACAGAAGGGAUAGCAUAUGGAACAAGCCAAUCAGUCCUCCCCUGUGAUGGGGUUCAUUCUCCUGGGGCUCUCUGACCACCCAAAGCUGAAGAAGACAUUCUUUGUGCUCAUCGUGUUCAUGUACCUGGUGGUCCUGCUGAGCAAUGGCGUCCUCAUCCUGGUGACCAUCCUCGACUCCCACCUGCACACACCCAUGUACUUCUUCCUGGGGAACCUCUCCUUCCUGGACAUCUGCUACACAAGCUUCUCAGUCCCUCUGGUUCUGGACGGUCUCCUGACCCCCAGAGAAACCAUCUCCUUCUCAGCCUGUGUUGUGCAGAUGGCGCUCUCCUUUGCCACGGCAGGGACAGAGUGCCUGCUCCUGGGCAUGAUGGCAUUUGAUCGCUAUGUAGCCAUCUGCAACCCCCUUAGGUACUCCAUGGUCAUGCGCAAGGCUGCCUGUGUGUCCAUGGCCGUCAGCUCCUGGGCUAUUGGUGGUGCUGCUUCUGUGGUACACACGUCCUUGGCAAUUCAGCUGCCCUUCUGUGGGGACAACGUCAUCAACCACUUCACCUGUGAGAUCCUGGCUGUCCUGAAGUUGGCCUGUGCUGACAUCUCUGUCAAUGUAAUCAGCCUGGGGGUGACAAAUGUGAUCUUCUUGGGGGCCCCUGUCCUGUUCAUUUCUUUCUCCUAUGUCUUCAUCCUUGCCACCAUCCUGAGGAUCCCCUCAGCUGAGGGGAGGAAAAAGGCCUUCUCCACCUGCUCUGCCCACCUCACAGUCGUGGUCGUCUUCUACGGGACCAUCCUCUUCAUGUACGGGAAGCCCAAGUCUAAGGACUCCUUGGGAGCUGAAAAACAGGAUCUUUCAGAUAAACUCAUCCCCCUCUUCUAUGGGUUGGUGAUUCCCAUGCUCAACCCCAUCAUCUACAGCCUGAGGAACAAGGACGUGAAGGCUGCUGUGAGGAACCUCGUGAGUCCUAAACGCUUCAUGCAGUGAUGGUGGAGGCGUCCUCUGUGGUCGCCACCCAUGUGGAGGGAAAGAAUCACAAUCAGGUCAUCUGCCAUUCAAAAGCCAUGUCGGGUUAACCAGAAUGGUCUCUCACUCUUAAGUCCAUCUGCAGGGAACGUUAAACUCUUCAGAUGAAAUCUCCUGAGUUUGGUUGACACGUCUGAAAGUUUCAAUAGAUGCCAGGCUUAAGAAAUCUUCUAAUUGCCUGUGAUGAAGACCUUCUGAACAUCUGCGGAAACCUCCCAAGACAGCAGCCACAGGAGCAAACCGAGUGGCCCUUACUGUGUCUAAGCUCUGGAGCUAGCACAAGCAAGUGAGGAGAUUCUCACAGCAAGUUCUCCAGCCUCUUGGAUCCGUCAGGGGAAUCAGAGGAACACAGAGGGAGUGGGAACUGUCAGGGGGGGCUUCAGUUUAUUAGAUUCAGUUUGCCUGAAGGGCUGAGAAGACACAAAAGUAAGUUCUCCAUAUAGAGAGCUUUUGGGUGGGAAUCAUCUAUUUUGAUAACAGUAUCUUUUUGGUUGUGACAUAUUGAGCCUAUUUUUUUCUUGUUGCACUGCAAAUUUUGAAACACUGCUAAAAUUAAAUUAAUUCAAGAA